AUGGCUUCAUCGGAGCCAGCUUUUCACCCGGACGAUUAUGUUCGUGAUCGCCCAGAAGCUCGUAACAGCAGGCCAGACUAUCUUGCACUGGCCGUCGGGAACACGCAGCAAGUAGAAGAUGAAAUUGAGAUAGCUGCGGAACCCGUGAAAUCGGUUACGAAAGUCGCAUCAAAGAAGCGCAAAGCUGAGACGACUGCUAAGGAUAAGCCGAGAAAGAGUGCCAGAGGCGCAGCAAAAUCUUCUGCUCCUGUGAAAGUCCCUAACGCCACUACCAACAAACGCAAAUCGCCAGCCAAGGGUGCCAAGGUCAUAACCAAGAGGCUCAGCAGGGCGAAGCUGGCGCCGAAUGGCCUCGACAGCGACGACGAUCUGAGCACAGAGCUCGACACCGAUGCCGAUGAAUUGAGGGAGCUGGAGGAUUAUCACAUCAAGGAGCGCCAAUCCAUAUCCCAGAUUAGCCAGAGAACGACUUCUAACAUGCCUGCCUCUAAACAACCAGCUCAGCAGACUUCUAAGCGCCUCUCAAUGCCAGAAACAGGCGUGGGUGAUCAAGAUGAGGCCUCGUCAAAGCUGAUGGUUACACUAAAGACCCCAGCGGUUUGGUUCACGAAGAAGGGAGAGCUGAAGGCUCAGUACUCCAAACGCCUAAGCGCGCCUGAGAAACUCGGAGCCCCCUUGGGCAGCCCAUUAUCCGCCCCGAGAAGCGCACGCACGACCCCCAAGAAAUCAAUGCCGGUUCCGAAGAGCAUAGUCGCGACCCCAAAGAGUGCAGUCCCAACCCCAGAGAAGUCGACGGCAGCUCUGAAAACACCACGAGCCCCAGCACCUCCAAAGUCGGUCCUUACUAAUGCACUACCGACUCCACCAGCAGAGAGGAACGAGGGCGACAUGAAUCAAGCGGCAAUUGACCUUCAAUCUCUGAUCGAUCCUGAUCUUUUGAAGCUAUCGCAAAAGCUUACAAACCGAGGACCCAUCAACUCAAAACCAGAUCCUCAGGGCUUACCCCAGGUGUGGGCCGACAGUCGCCAGGCAUUGUGUGAGACCGUGCCCUAUUUCAAGAUGCCGCAGAGUGGAUGUCAUCAGAAUGACGGCCACGUCUAUGCCUUCCUCUUCGAUGGUGCAAUUCGCUGCCGGGAGUACAUGGAUACGGACAUUAUCAUCUCUGGCGCUGGAGGUGGUAUGGAAGCUGACAGCACUGGACAGCUCGUCCAGAGGAAGCAUCACACUAUGCAGGAGGCUCAGGUCAAGGCUGUAAUGAACGAUAUUGAACACAAGAAUCCCCUUGUGGUGAUCUGUGGCAACAAGAGUGAGGGUGCACUUUGUAAAAUGCCGUAUCGCUACAGCGUGCUUGGUUGGUUCAAGCCAACGGCGGUUUGGGCUGAAAAGACGAUGGGCAAGAAGAACAAAGUCUGGACUACCAUCAGGUAUCGCUUCGAGCGACUGGACCAGUCCCAAGUUGCAUGGAACACACCAAAGGACAGCUCUAUCCCCACCACCCGCAGUGAAGAGCACGAGACAGUCUUGCCACUGCUCGAACAGGAGUGCCAGUAUUGCUCCGCCACACAUCCCAUGGUCUAUCUCACUGGCUGGAUGUGUCUGAGUCCAGAGUGCGAUCGCUUCUGGAAGCUGCCAAGUAGCGAAGACGCACCAUACGGCGAAUUGCCUUUUAAUCCAGCCUUCCUCCUCGCCCGCACGGAGUGGGAUGUUGAGACGGAGCCGUUCAGCAUCAAGCCACCAGUUCUUAGCGUUGGGACCAUGGUGGGCGACAAUCUGACCCAAAUCAACACUCGCGGAAUGUGCUGCCCGAAGUGCGGAAGAUGUAAUUCGCGACGUCUGUUCAAGGGUUGGAAAUGCGAGAAUCCAGCCUGUGCUUUUGAGAACUUUCCCAAGCACAUUCCGGUUCAGAUUCCACUGCUGCAUCAACCAUGGGAGAGUACAGGCGAAGGGCCUUCAUUGGCUCGUAACAAGCACGACCGCAGUCAAGGCGUUGAAAUGUCUGUGGAAUUCAAGCAUGGUUUCAAGGUAUACAGAUAUACUGUGCCAGGAGUGAAGGGAGCUUUGAUACAUCUGGUCUCGAACACGACCAUUAACAGACUGCCAGGUGGCGCAGAUGAGAUGUUCGACGCAAUGCAGCGCGAGGAUUUACAUCUUGAGAGACGCCGUUUUGGAGCCGAGAAGAUGUCCGGGGGWAAGACACAAGACUCGCAGCAAACACAGCCUCCGAGUCGUUCGGCACGAGUCGAUCUUGCAACGAGCAGCGGCAAGCGUUCAAAAGCUCCCACAUCACAGCCAGAGCCACAGCCAGAGCCAGAGCAAGAAGCCAGCAAGCAGGACGUCGUUGAAGAUGGUGACUUCAUGACCGCUUUCUCGAUGAACUACGGCAUGCCAUACAAGUUCGUCGCCAGUGGUGCGAGCCUACCCUUCCAAGGCUCUCCUUGGCCUGUUCGUGCUGCACGAGCAGAUCUCAACUGGGCAUCACAGACAUUUCUGGACCCGGAUGGCCACGAAGAUCUGAACGAGGAGUUGAUCUUUGCGUACAUGGAAGGCCAGAAGCUAGAGUAUCACGACGAUGGAGAGGAAGGACUCGGACCUCGGAUUGCCACACUAUCCCUCGGCGGCAAAGCGAAGAUGCACCUGCGCAUGAAGAUGAAGCACUACACGGGUUGCUCCAAGACUGGUUUGUUUGUCAAGGAACGCCCAGUGCCCGGUAGCAUCGGAGGAAAGGUUGAUGGUGUGGAACUGUCCAGCCAGGAGACAUACGAGAAGCGUUUGGCUGCAUGGGAUGAACUUCAGCAACUUGGCGACGACAGGAAAGCCUACAACAAGCGAGUGAAGGAGAUCCCGGUGGAAUUGGGGCUUUUUGAGAAGCGCAUGAAAAAGGCCGACGAUCUGGUUGUGGUCACUCUUAACCACGGCGACAUUGUCUUGAUGGAGGGGUAUGAGAUUCAGCAGUACCUGGAGCACAAGGUAGUUCCCGAGCAAUGCCUGCGAYUCGCACUCACUUGCCGCACAAUCCUGCCCGACCAUCUGGAGCCGGAGGAGCGUCCUUCGUACGGAGCGGAAUUGGACGAAGAAGGGAUGAGCGCACUCCGACGAAUGAUGAGUGCAAGGGCCGGCGAAAAUACGACGGUCGUGGACGACGAAGCGACAGUGGUGAACGGAGAAGCGACGGUCGUGGACGAAGAGGCGACAGUCGUGAACGCAGGUGGCGACCAGGCUCUGGRGCUGAAGGAGAAUUAG